AUCAAGUUCCGGAACACAGAGCACGAAGCCGAUCGGCUCGCAGUCGGCGUGCAGCCGCCGCCGACUUUUUUUAAGUGAUCUGAGCCGCCGCUGAUGUAUGCGGCUCUCAUCGGCUCAAAUUUUUAGCCGACUGAGUCGGCUAAGCCGUUGAAAAAUAUAAAUUUAUACAGCAAAUUUGUAUAAAUAUGUCUUUUAAUCUUAUCGAUAAAUUAACAUAUUAUAAUGCUCAUUAUUGGACGAUAAUUUACAUUGUGCACUCGUCUUCGAGAGGCAAAAACGUGUAGGCUAUUUAUAUUAAUUAUACCCUACAGCACAUAGUGGUAAGGGUAUUAUGUCUUUGUAGAUUUGUUUUUUUUUAUCACAAAACCUUUGGCAACCUUUUGUAACUUACGAAUUUUGAUGGAGUGGCAACCAUAUUGUUUGCCAAAGAUUCGUUGUGUUUUUGCUUGUUCAAAGAAAAGAAUGCAAAAUGUGCCAAAGGAAUAUUAAAAAUUAUUUUUCCGCUAACCGAAAGGGUCAAGCAGUUUUGACUAAAUCAGAAUCAGAUUCUGACGAAUCUGUUGAUACUGAAAUCAAUAUUUCUCCAUAUGCAGAUGUAUCUCAAUAUGAAGAUCUUUUUAAAAAGAAAAAUGAAUUUAAAAAUUUGGCAAAGGUUGUUGUAAAUGAAGGUGGUAUAUCAUUGUGUUGGAAAUAUUUUGGUGAUCUCUAUUUUAAAAAGAGGCAUAUACUUCAAAAAUAUAAAUUUUGCAAAUUGUGUUUGGAUGAAAAGACCAAUUUAAAAAGUUUUGGAAAAUCAACAUCAACCACAAAUUAUAUGAACCAUCUACGAGCUGUACAUAACUUGGACGUGAAAUCUUUAAAUAACCUGAAAAGUUCAACAAUGACACAAAAUGCAUUGAAAUCCUCAACAAGUUGUAACAACAAACAACAAAAUGCUCGCCGGGUCGCCGAAAUGUGCUGUUGGGAUUUGCAACCGUUUAAAAUUGUUGAAAGGCCAGGAUUUAAGAAAUUGGUAUCUUUCUUAAACCCAAAGGCUAUAUUCCCCACAGAUAGGACAAUAGCUACAACGGCUUUAAACGAUGUUUAUAACAUAUAUUUGGACCACGUAAAAACAAGCCUUAAAGAGUCGCCCGAAAAUGUUACACUUGUAUUGGAUAUGUGGUCAGAUAAACAUAAGCAUUUGUCUUACAUAAACAUAAAAGUGCAUUUCUGCCAAAAUUUUCAAAUGCAAAUUGUAACGCUCAAGACAGAGAUCUUUCCACGACCUCACACUGGACUAGCAGUUGUAGAAAAAAUUGAAGAAGCUUUAUGUGAAUUUAAUCUGUUGGAAAAAAACAUAUGUGCUGUUACUGAUGGUGGAAGCAACAUCGUUUCAGCUUUAAAAAUUAAAAAUAUACCAAGAUAUGGUUGUAUGGCUCAUGUUUUACACAGAUUUUUGAUGGAAGAUAUACUAAACAACAAGUCAUUUGAAAAUAUUAAUAACAUAAUAUCAAAAUUAAAAAAAAUUUAUGGCAGCUUAAUGUAUAGCUAUGAAGAAAUAUCAAAUAUUCAAAAUAUGGAGGAACAAAACGAUUUAGUAAAAAUAUUUACAGAGGUUGAAAUAAUUUUGGAGAGUUUGGAUAGUUGCGAACAAUUUCCACAUGGAGAUGACUAUUUUACUGAACAAUAUGAAGCAACUUUAAACGUCAAGCACCACACCUCUUUGAAAAAUUCCGUUGCAACACGUUGGAACUCUCUGCUUGCAAUGAUUCAAAGCUAUACGAAUAAUAUAUCCACUAUAAAUGUAGCAUUAGUUAAAGCUAAAAAGGAACUGUUAGUGAUUGGGACAAUGGAAAUGCAAAUUAUAACGGAAUUUGGCACGUUUUUAAAAAUUUUUGAGGACGCCACAAAACACCUUCAAGGCCAAGAUUAUCCGACGAUAUCUUCGUGUAUUUAUUUUCAGGAAUCCAUUAUGUCCUCAUUGAAGAAAGAAGAAGAAAAAGCGUCUUUUGAACUAACAAUCAAUUUAUGCAAUUUCGCUGUGCAAAACUUUACGAAGCGAUUCAAAGUAUAUAGAAUGUAUGUUGUAGCUGCGCUUAUGGACCCAUGCCAAAAAAACUGGCCUGUUUUAGAUAAAUAUAUACUACAGAUACCCAAACAAUCGCCAAACUCCUUGGAACUUGUGCAUGAUGUUCUGUCUCCAAUUUCCAAGGAGAACUUGAUUAUGGAAGAAAUUGAAAAAUUAAAGGAAAUCGAUGACACAUUAUUAAAUGAGCCAUCAACGAGCACUGAACCAAAUGCAAAAAAACAGAAAAUAUCAGCUAGUCGUCAAAGAAUGUUGGAAUUUAUGGGACCAUCGCCUUCUAAUGUACAAAAUAACGUAGAGUUAGAAAUAAGAAAAUAUUUGGAAAUGAAAGUCGAGGCGGUUGAGCCUCUAGAUUGGUGGCGACAGAACAAACAAAUCUUUCCAAAUGUUGCUGCUGUAGCAAAUAUGUGCUUUGGAAUUCCAGCCACAUCAGCAUCUUCAGAGCAAGCAUUUUCAUAUGCCGGGAAUUGUGUAAAUGCAAAGAGAAGCAGCCUGCAUCCGGCAACAGUAAAGAAACAAUUGUUUGUUCACGAUAACAAGGCAGUCGUCGAACCAUUUUUAUCAAAUUAAAGUAUUUUUAUUAAUUUUUAAUGUGCUAUAAGCAACAA